AUUUGUUUUCCCAUCAGUUGAAAAGCUCCGCGUAGGAACAGUCAUUUUGAUACCUACAGCUCGCAUAUAUUGUGAACAGUGGCAAAACUGGUUCAGUGCUCAAUCGUCAAUCGUUUAUUUAACGUUAAGUGUGAUUAAUUGUGUGAUUAGUCCAGCAAUGUCUCACUUUGAAGAGCUUCUACAAUGUCCAUAUAAUCGUUCGCACCGCAUCUUGCCUCAUGCUAUGCAACGCCAUAUGUUCAAGUGCAGGAAGAACAACGCUUCCAAGAAAUUGGUAUCCUGUCCGUUCAAUACGAUCCACCUUGUUCCUGGACCAGAGCUGAAGCUUCACCUGGAUAGCUGUCCAGAUCGUGCAACGUUCGAUCUGUACAAAUACUGCAUAGCGAGUGGACCUUCGAGCUCCAACAGCAGCUACAAGAACGAUGAACCGGAGCUGAUCUAUCAUGAAUCCAUCACGACUCAGGGGCCUGGAAAAUCUCUUCAGGAUGACGACGAGUGUUGGGACGAUUCUGCUGUGCCGGCGUACAACCCGCAGAAGUACUGCAAAUCAGCCAAAAUUAUACGUAAAGCAACUCUGCUGAGACCUUCGGACAAACAAAAGUUCUACCGCCAGGAACAUCAGCGGCACCGGGAGCUGGAUUCGGACAGGAAGCAAAGCAAACCCCAAACGAAUCGCAAGAAGGAUCACAUUCCGUUGGACAGAUCAUCGUUCAAAGAGUAUCGUGGGCCUGUUCCGGAGUCGGAAUAUUCCAGCGAGGAGCCCAAGAUGGCUCCGGAGAAAACUUUGCAGGAUGAUGGUAAAGGCAGGGAUCGACCAUUAGAGAAAAAGCAGGAUACACACCAGCAAAAGGUUGAUAGCAUUGGUAAUGAUAUUGACGAAAUCAGUGCACAGUUUUCGAAAAAGAUAAGCGUGGGAUGCAAAUAAUAUAUACAAACUGAUAAUUGUAUAAUAAUGACAAUAAAUUUCUAUAAGUACACAUCAUAAACUU